AUGAAGCAUCUUCUCUGCUUCCUGGUUUUGUUCCUCAUUUCUGGAGUUGGAAGCUUUGAUCUUGUUAUCGACGAAAUCCCAGAUGAAGUAGAAAACCUGAUUGACCUAGAAAUCGAUGGAUUUCCUUCAAGUUCUAAGACAAGAAAUGGCAGGUACCAGCGAAGCACAUCCGACUGGGGGUAUGUUGGAGAUCUGGUGGAGGACGAUGACAAGAUAGGUCUUUACAGCUACAAAGUUCAAUCCACUAUAACGUCACGGUUGGCCAACACAAUGAUCCAAGCCAAAAUGGUGAAUAACGCUAAACGGUCCCAGCACAUAGUGUUUGAUGUACAAGUCCCUAAAGGAGCUUUUAUUGACAACUUUACUAUGGAUGUCAAUGGUAUAACAUUCACCAGCAAAAUUCGGGAAAAAUCUGAAGCCAGAAAAAUGUACUCUCAAGCAAAAGCCAAAGGCAAAGCUGCUGGAAUAGUAAGGAGCAAUGCCUUGGAUAUGGAAAACUUCAAAACUGAAGUGAAUGUGCCCCCAGGGACAAGGAUCCAAUUCGAACUUCACUAUCACGAAAUGAUUCGAAGGAAACUGAGCUCCUAUGAGCACGUCAUCUCUGUGAAGCCAGGACGCUUAGCAAAGCACAUGGAGGUGGAUGUCCGCAUUAUUGAGCCACAGGGACUUCGCUAUGUGCACGUUCCUAAUUCGCUCGGAGAUCAUUUUGAUGGAAUCACCACCAUCUCCAAGGGAGAGAAAAAGGCUCAUGUUUCUUUCAAGCCAACGAUGGCUCAGCAACGAAAAUGCCCCACGUGCUCAUCCACAGCAGUAGAUGGAAAUUUUGUGGUGCAAUAUGAUGUGAACAGAGAAACCACAGGUGGAGAAUUGGAAAUUUUUAAUGGCUAUUUUAUUCACUUCUUUGCUCCGGAAAAUCUUGAUCCUCUGCCCAAAAACAUUUUAUUUGUUAUAGACGUCAGUGGCUCGAUGUGGGGACUGAAAAUGAAACAAACCAUUGAAGCCAUGAAGGCAAUAUUGAGUGAGCUCCGUGCUGCCGAUCAGUUCUCCCUUAUCGACUUCAACCACAAUGUCCGAUGCUGGAGAGACAAUCUAGUGUCAGCCACCCCAGCGCAGGUUGAAGAUGCUAAGAAGUACAUCCAGACAAUCCAUCCCAAUGGGGGCACAAAUAUCAAUGAAGCUCUUCUCCGAGCCACAUUCAUCCUGAAUGAAGCCCAAAACUUAGGCAUGUUGGACCCUAACUCAGUCUCCAUGAUCGUAUUGGUGUCUGAUGGAGACCCGACAGUAGGUGAACUAAAGCUGACGACAAUCCAGAAGAACGUGAAGCAGAGCAUAAAGGACGAAUUUUCUCUCUUCUGCCUCGGGAUUGGGUUUGAUGUAGAUUACGAUUUCCUGCAGAGAAUCGCAACUGACAACCGUGGCAUGGCCCAGAGGAUUUUUGGAAAUCAGGAGACUUCUGCACAAAUGAAGAAUUUCUACAACCAGGUCUCCACUCCGCUCUUGAAGAAGAUUCAGUUCAACUACCCCCAGGAGUCAGUGUCAGAUGUCACCCAGAGCAGCUUCCACAACUAUUUUGGUGGCUCUGAGAUAGUAGUGGCUGGGAAGGUCGACACAGAAAACCUGCAGCACUUGGAAAGCAUCGUCACAGCAACAGCAGCAAAUGCAGAGCUUGUCAUGGAAACCCUGCGAGAUGUUGAAGAACUGGAUGGCUUCAUGAAGAAAGACAAAUACGCAGAUCCCGAAUUCACUAAGAAGCUGUGGGCAUAUCUGACUGUCAACCAGAUGCUGGCAGAGAGAAACACAGCCCCCACUGCAGCUUUGAAGAGGAACAUCACCAAAUCUAUCCUACAGAUGUCUCUUGACCAUCAUAUUGUUACCCCCUUCACAGCCAUGCUGAUAGAGAACGCCGAAAAGGAUGAGAUAAUGCUGGCAGACCAGCCCAAAGACCCCAGAAGGGGCUGCUGCCCAGGUACUCUAGGAUUAACUCCAAAUGCACCUAAUAAUAACAAAGGUAUCCCAGCCUGGGCCAACAUCUCAGUUGUACCAGUCAGCUUCAUGCCUGAGCAAAGGAGUCCUCCUGUAUCCUCUCUGAGCAUAAACAGAGUUGACAAUGACCCACAUUUCAUCAUACACCUGCCCAGGAGCCAAAGGAACAUCUGCUUCAAUAUCAACUCAGAGCCUGGAAAGAUCCUAAACUUAGUUUCUGAUCCUGGUACUGGAGUUGUGGUCAACGGGCAGCUCAUUGGGGCCAAGAAAACAGAGAAUAAGAAACUCAACACAUACUUUGGCAAAAUUGGGUUUUAUUUCAAAAACAAAGGCCUGAAAGUGGAGAUCACCACGGAAACGAUAACGCUGAAAGAUGGAUCUUAUGGCAUCACACUGACCUGGUCUGACACGGGGCACAUCAUUCGGAAGCAGCUUCUCAUAUCCGUGAAGAAAGCAAGCAACAUUACUAUCACCGUGGGUGAGGAGAUGUCCUUCAUGAUUUUGCUGCACCGUGUGUGGAAGAAUCACCCAGUUAAUGUUGACUUCCUGGGAAUCUACAUUCCCCCUGAAAACCAGUUCUCUCCUGCAGCCCACGGACUCAUAGGUCAGUUUGCGUCUGAACCAGAAGUGUAUAUCCACCACCAAAGACCUGGGCAAGCUCCAGAGAAACCACAAGCCACCAUGGAAGUGAAAGGAAACAAACUCACUGUUACCAGGGGAUUGCAGAAGGACUACAGGACAGACCGCGUGCGUGGGACUGAUGUGCAGUGCUGGUUUGUGCACAACAGCGGGAAGGGUUUCAUAGAUGGCCAUUACAAAGAUUACCUCGUCCCCCACCUGUACAGCUUUCUGAAGAAACCCUGAAUGCUCCAACAUGAAACCAAUUUCUUACGAAAAAUCCUUAUCUGCUCCUUCAUGCCCAAACAACCCUUCCGAACGGUGGCGGUCAGCCUAUCAAGCUGGAUUGACCAAAGGUGACUUCACCACCAUUUGCCUUAGAAAUUAUUGGUUUUUCAAAGCAAUGUAACUCCCUUUUCUGUUAAAAAAUGAAAUCUAUAAUAAAGUGACAUGCUGGGUUGUAGUAGGCAUCUUGCACUUGCCGUGUCCGAUUUAAUGGAUAGUGAACUCCACUAAAAAAUUCAACUAUUUUGUAAUAUACACUCCAGAGUAGACUUGUAGUGUGGGUAACAGACAUGGCCAGAUUUAAUACUUGCACUUUUGCUUUUUCAGAGUGCAGGAAAAUGUAAGUUCAUGCACUGCUGGACUGGGCAAAAAGCAAUGGGCUUUUUUAAGCCUAGCCAGGAGGAUAUGCAUUAGACAUAAGGGGAAUCUAAC